AUCGCCAGCCACGGCACUUCGUGGAAGAGCCACGUCUACGGCGACGGACCACGACGGACGGACGAACGGGUAGGUGGCUGAAUACUGACAGACGUUUCUUCCAACCAUCAGUGAUCACACGUCACACGACCCACUGCCGUGAGGAUGUUGCGAAAGUGCCUGUUUGUCCUGCCGUUACUGCUGCUCGGUGCCCUCGCCGACGAGAAGGAUGUCCUGGAACUCACCGAUGAGACCUUCGAGAGCGAGCUCGAGCGUCACGAGAACACGCUCGUCAUGUUUUACGCACCAUGGUGUGGGCAUUGUAAACGUCUAAAGCCAGAGUAUGCAAAAGCAGCUGAGCUGCUCAUAGGUAGCGAGCCACCAAUCACGCUUGCCAAGGUCGACUGUACAGAGGCCGGAAAGGAAUCUUGCAACAAGUUCUCCGUUAACGGUUAUCCGACACUCAAGAUCUUUGAGCGUAAUGAGCUCAGGUCCGACUAUAACGGUCCUAGAGAAGCAGCCGGCAUUGUUAAGUACAUGAAGUCUCAAGUGGGACCGGCAUCUCAAGAGUUGACUAGUGAAAAGGCCCACAAGACGUUCCUAGAAACUGACGAAGUCGUCGUGAUAGGUUAUUUCGAAAAGGAUGAUUCACCAUUGUCUGCGGCACAUCAUACUGUUUCCAAGAAACUCAGAGAGAAAGUCAAAUUCGCUCACACAUCAGUGAAGGAAGUUUUGGACAAAGUAUCUCACAAAAAUGCAAUUGUUCUUUACCGACCAAAGAUACUCCAGAAUAAGUUCGAAGAUAACAGCAUUGUAUACAAAGACAGCGACUCUAUUAGUGACGUGAACGAAUUCGUUACCAAGAACUACUAUGGUAUUGCCGGUGUACGCACUCGCGACAACGCGCAGGACUUUAAGAAUCCUCUGGUAAUUGCCUACUAUAAUGUGGAUUACGUAAAGAAUGCCAAGGGUACGAACUACUGGCGCAACAGGAUCCUCAAGGUUGCCAAGGACUUCCCCGCGUACUCCUUCGCUAUAUCUUCUAAGGAUGACUUCCAGCACGAGCUAAACGACUUUGGCAUCGACUACGCAAAGGGUGAUAAGCCAGUCAUUCUAGCACGAGAUGAUAAGAAUCAGAAGUUUGUUCUGAAAGAGGAGUUCUCCAUGGACACGUUCGAGGCGUUCCUGAAGGAUCUGCAGGCCGGUGCUUUGGAACCGUAUCUCAAAUCCGAGCCGAUCCCAGAUAGUAAUACGGGUAACGUGAAGGUCGGCGUUGCCAAGAACUUCGACGAAGUCGUCAUCAAUAACGGCAAAGAUACACUAAUCGAGUUUUACGCGCCCUGGUGUGGCCACUGUAAGAAACUGGCACCAGUAUUUGACGAGUUGGGCGAUAAACUGGUGGACGAGGAUAUUGAGAUUGUUAAAUUCGACGCCACAGCGAAUGACGUGCCAGCGCCAUACGAAGUACGCGGUUUCCCGACGCUCUACUGGGCGCCCAAGGAUGCUAAGGACAAUCCAGUCAGAUAUGAGGGCGGUCGCGAGCUCGACGACUUCAUCAAGUAUAUUGCCAAGCACUCCACCGACGAGCUCAAGGGCUACGAUCGCAAGGGCAAGGCGCUGAAACCUAGAACUGACGAACUAUAAGACAUUAACUGACGUAAACACACAAAGUUCGUUUUUGCAUUUUUGAAUGCAUCAAUCUACGAAGCGAUCCGCGAGUUUUUCUCACGUAAUACACAAAGCAACUCUAGUACAUUCAAGAGCGAGAAAAUGUGUAUAAACAGAAAUAACACUAGUGCAGAUAUCAUGGGUUUUCCGCGAGACGUUUUGCAAUAAGUGAAAAAUGGAUGUUCGAAUGGGGGGAGGGAAGGGGGGAGUGUCUCUAGCUAUAGGAUUGUCUACAUAUACUAAUUGUAUACUUUGUAACGAUUGUAUAAUGACGUGAUAAAGCGCGCAGAAUUGA